UAGUUCUCACAGGCUGCACUCCUUCCCCAGUCUCAAGGACUGACAGUCUCCUUCGUUGCUUUCCUCACCAAACAACAACAACAAAAGUUGUGAUGCUUUUCUUUACCCAGUGCUUUGGGGCUGUAUUAGAUCUUAUUCACCUUAGGUUUCAACACUACAAGGCUAAGAGGGUUUUUUCAGCUGCUGGGCAACUUGUCUGUGUUGUAAACCCAACACACAGCCUAAAGUAUGUGUCAAACAGGCAUACAGUCGGUCAGACCUCCACAGAGCAAGGCAGCCUUCAUUCCCACCAUCCCCUCGAGACAGUGCAUGACCCGCAACUGAUUCCUUGCAUGUGCCCUCUGUUUUCCUGUCAAUGGGAAGGCCAUGUAGAAGUGGUGGUAUCACAUCUGAGACAGACGCAUCGGAUCAACAUCCUUCAUGGGGCAGAGAUUGUUUUCCUGGCCACAGACAUGCACCUCCCUGCACCAACAGAUUGGAUAAUAAUGCAUUCUUGCCUGGGCCACCAUUUUUUGCUUGUGCUCAGGAAGCAGGAGAAAUACGAAGGCCACCCCCAGUUCUUUGCCACCAUGAUGUUGAUUGGCACCCCCACACAAGCCGAUAACUUCACCUACAGGCUUGAGCUCAACAGGAAUCAGAGGCGCCUGAAGUGGGAAGCUACCCCAAGAUCUGUACUGGAGUGCGUUGACUCUGUCAUAUCAGACGGCGAUUGCCUUGUCCUUAACACCUCACUGGCCCAGCUCUUCUCUGAUAAUGGAAGCCUGGCUAUAGGAAUUGCAAUAACUGCGAGCAAAGUUCACGCUGCUGAAGCAGAAAUGUAAAGAAGAAAACUCUGUGCUUCAGCAGCUUGAGAAAGCCAGAACUAAUGGACUUUUUUGGGGUCUCAGGUCUCUUGUGGUCUUUCGUACCUGUCCACAGUGGGCAUUAUGUAAACAUCCAGUGAUUAAGGCCUUUGUGUAAUGUAUUCGCUGUUUUGUUAAUACAAUUUUACGACACAUUUUAACGGUGAUAAUCAAGUUGUUGUCUCCAUCAAAAUAAGCCACUGAAUCUCUUGAGCAGAGACU